AUGAUACCACGACAAGCUCCCGAUAUAAGCAAGGCUCAUUUCUGCAGCAGCAGGUCGCUUUACUGCAACAAACAUUUCGAGAUUUUCGUGCAUUCAGAUAUGUGGUUUGAAGUCUUAGCAGCUGCUGCUUUGAUUUUUUCCACCUUCGGACAUGGACCUGGCAUGGGGAUGUCUGUGAGACCAGGAGCUAUGGGAGCGCUUGGUGGGCCAAGAAUGGGACCAGGAGGAAUGCAACCGGGAAUGGGAGGCCGUAGACCUGGAUUCGGAGGAGAGGGCCCUUUCAAUGGCAGACGUGACUUUGGAGGACGGGAUCGUUUCGACGGCAGACGUGACUUUGGAGGACGGGAUCGUUUCGACGGCAGACGUGACUUUGGAGGACGGGAUCGUUUCGACGGCAGACGUGACUUUGGAGGACGGGAUCGUUUCAACGGCAAAAAUGGAUUUGGUGGAGGAGAUCGUUUUAAUGGCAGAAACGGACUUAGAGGAGAAAACCGUUUCAAUAAAAGAAGACGCUAAAGGAUGGAAAGUCCAAAGCGAGGAUACUGGUAACCUCGUGAUUCCACCAGUUUGCAUCAAAUAAAGUUGAAACUCUCAAUUUUUCCAACCUC